AACAAGCAUGUUAGUGUACCUGUCAACACAAAAUUAAGAUAAAAAGCACUUAAAGAAAGUAUAAUUACUGAAAAAAAAGAAAUACUAAAAUAAAGAAGAACGUGCCUUAAUUGUUUUUAAUCGAUUAUUAUUAUGAUCUCUGCACGAAAAGGAACAACGAAGCGGUGUUGUUAUGGAGUGUGUAAGAGUGAUACACGCUAUAAAUCAUUUAAAGACAAUACAUAUUAUUUUAUAAGUUUUCCAAAGCCUUGUUUGGAAUAUCGUAAAAAAAAUAUUAAAGCACCAGUGAAGAUACAUAUUAAAACAUGUUUACAAUGUGCGAAAUGUAAUUUAUGGGUAAAAAAAUGUGGCCGAGGUGACAGUGGUUUUAGGUCGAUUGAUGAUGUUACUAAAGAUACUUAUAUUUGUUCACUACAUUUUUAUGGAGAGAGUGGCCCAACAGAAAUGAAUCCAGAUCCUCUAAGCUGCCAAGAAUUUCAUGACAUUGAAAAGUUAAUUAGUAAGGCGGUUAAAAUAAGAACUACUUUAAUGGAAAAGUAUAAAACAGAUAAUUUGGAAGAAGAAAAUGAACCUGAUAAAAUUGAUAUGAACAUGGAAACCAUUGAUGAUCAGUUAAACAUGGGAGAACAUUCACAUAGUAGAUUUGAGAAAUCUCUUGGAUUGUUAACGACAAAGUUCGUAGGUCUGUUAAAAAGAGCGACAGGUGGUGUACUGGAUCUUAAAGUCGCUGCUGAUUUGCUGGCUGUUAGGCAAAAAAGGAGAAUUUAUGAUAUAACUAACGUAUUAGAAGGAAUCGGAUUAAUAGAAAAGAAAAGCAAAAACAGUAUUCAAUGGAAGCCUUACACAAGUAAGUAUCUACCUGGAUCAGACACUGAAGAAUUUUCCUCCAAGAUAUCUGAAUUAAAAAAGAAAGUAGCGAAAUUAAAUGAUUAUGAGCGUGAGCUGGAUCUACAUAAACUAUGGAUUGAACAAAGUAUAAGGAACACUACUGAAGACUUAGAAACUAGGCAAUAUUUAUAUUUAACAGAUGAAGAUUUUUCAAAUCAGUUUAGCAGUAGUGACACAGUUGUGAUAGUUAAUGCACCUGUAAAUAAUAGUAGCGUAACAUUUGAAAAUGUAGAAGAUUCAUUCCAGCUACAUUUCAACUCAAGUACAACACCUAUAACCACAAGACUUUUGGGAGAGGUUCCUAAAGAUGAUCAGGGAAAUUCUAAAAAAAGGAAAAGGCUUUUAAUACAAACAGAAGAUGAUUCAAACUCAUCGGACUUAAAAUUUAUCGACGAGGAGGAUUCAGAUAUAGUUACUGCUCAAAUAUUGUUUAAGAAACAUAAAAGUAGUUACUACAGUCAAAAUAAAAGGACAGUAGAUCAAGAUCUGGACGUUCAUAGUCCGUUUGUUACGUUGAGUAAUACAUCAUUUCACCAGGAUUAUAACUUUGGUCUUCUAGAAACUGAAGGUGCUACCGAUCUAUUUGACGAAAUUAUUUCGUCGAGCGUGGUUGAAUUUACAGCGUGACUCUUUUUGGAUAUAGUUUUAUAAUUUAUACUUUCUUUUGUAUAAGACAAUGUUAUGUUAAAGAUAAUUAUUAUAUUGAAUAAAAAUUGAUCAUGUUUU